AUGGCUGAGUCGCAGCAUUCACUCCUCUCCGAGGCCGACCUCAUCACUGUAAAGCCUCAGCGAACAUGGAAUCCAUUGGGUCGUACUUCACCCGACUCUGAGUACGCUUAUCUCCCGUCGUAUCGCGAGGAUCGGCAGAGUUUCUCGGAGGAGGUACUUCGCGAGUUCGGAUUGGGCAUCACCAACCCGUCUGGUGAGACAUUGCCUCGGAGUAAACGAGACUCCAUCUCAAGCGAAACGAGUCCAGAGACGACGCCAGGCUUCUUGAAGACACAUCAGGGGAGACUGGCGACUCCUCACCACCACAAUGGCAAUUGCCCGAGCCGCACGACCGUCCUGCAGCGACGCCUAUCGUGGGUCCCGGUGACGAUUUUCGUCCUGGCGUUCUAUGCGACUGUUUUCUCCGGAGUGUACCUGGCCGUUGCGAUUCGAAAGCCGAGAUGGCCGAAUCUCGGGUCCGGCGAGUCUGUGGCGGCAUCGACAGCCAAUCUGCUAUGUGCCUUUUUCGCGAAGACGAUCGAAUUGGCCUAUGUCACUAUUUGUGUUGCGUUUCUGGGACAGGUGUUGAGUCGUCGGGCAGUGACCAAAGACUCACAAGGUGUGAGUAUUUCAGAUAUGAGUAUGAGGGCUUGGAUCAUGCAGCCCGGUUCCAUGAUUGUCCACUGGGAGACACUGCGCUACUCAGCGCUCACGUUUCUCGGUCUCAUUGCCUUGAUUGCGACGUUCGUAGCCAUGCUCUACACGACUGCAGCUGAGGCUCUAGUAUCACCAAAGCUCUCCAUGGGUCCACUACAGCCAACCAUCCUCUGGGGCAAAGUAUAUGCCAGCUGGGGCAAUCCCGAGUUCCUCGCAUACAGAUGCCAAACUCCAAUUCCUAUCACCAUGGAUCCUGUGUAUCGCAACACGACAUGUCUCCAGAUGGAACAUGUCGGCCAGGCCUAUCACAACUUCGAGCAGUGGCUGUCAGCUUGGAACGAUCUCAUACAGAGUAGCAACCAAACAUCCGAUCAACUACAGUCACGACCCAAGCCCACUGGCUCUAUCUGGGAUAACACCACUGUCAUUGGUACCUGGAUCGAAAUUCAGAAUAUCACGGAGCUGUCCUUGAAGCACGACCGCAUGGUCAACAACAUUACCAUGGCCAUGCCUCACGCCGGAAUUCCCGCCGCAGCAAUGGAUCCCAAGAACAACAUCCGUCAACCACAAGACGCAUCAGGCGAAGGCAAAUACAGCAUCGAAGCCUCAGUCCCCUCUCCCGCUGUCAACGUCCUCUGCGUCGGCAUGAAUAAAACCGAACUAGCCCCACUAGUAUACUCCUCUUGGCCCGACUCCAACUUCAGCGCAACAGAAUACAGUAUCUCCCCGCCAUCCAACAUCCCCACAUAUCCAUCCUGGCUAAAUAGCACCGUCGUCGACGACCUCUUCGGCUUCGGCCCAAAAUAUGGCCAACGCCCACCAGUCUUCGGCACCUACCCCGUACCCAACAACACAAUCCUCAACACAACAGGCAUCUGGCCUACGGACGCAAUCUACCUCCUAGGCAAACCCUCCAUCUCAAAUCCGGAUUACGUCAUGUGCUCAAUCCGCGCCAAAGAAACAGGAGUCUGCUCAACACGCUACGACACCGCCUCUUCAGGCGCCUUCCUCUCCUCGCACUGCGAAGACGAAUCCAACCCCCUCCAAUACAACCACAAAGACCCCUCCUUCGUAGAAGGCCUCUGGUCCCCCGACUGGAAAAACGUCGCCACAGAAUGGGCCAGCGCUCUAAGUCUCGGCUCGGGAAUCACAGCCUCCCAAGCCAGCACAGAGCGUGUAAUCAUGCAGAUGAUGCCAUCACACUCCAAUUCCAGCAACACAUACACCCUCAACCCAACCCUCCCUUCCGUUUCCGAGGCCCUCGCCGUAUUGGCAGGCAGCACCUUAAUCCUCAGCUCCCAAGACUCCCCCUUCGUGCAAGGCUGGAAUUACACCGCACCACCGGAUAUGCUAUCUUCCCCAGCCUAUCAACACUUCUCCGCCACACUACAGGCCGUCAACUACGCGUCCGGCGGAACAGAGAAAUGGCAGGGCGUCUUCUACGUAAUCCUGACCUUCGCCUUCCUCACGUCCGCCGUGUGUCUGGUCUUCAUGAUCGUCGAGGCCAGGGGCCACCAGAUAACGGACUUCACGGAGCCGCAGAACCUCUUCGCGCUGGCGGUUAAUAGCCCACAGAGUUCGAGACUGCAGGGUGCUUGUGGGGGUGGGCCUGUGGGCAGGCAGUUAAAGGAGAGGUGGGUUAUUGGGAUGGAGGAGCUGGAUGCGCAUUAUUACAUUCACGCUAAAGGAGAGGAUGUGGGAAGCCCGGGGAACUAUGCAGAUGGGAGGGAGGAUACGAGUUAUAAGGGGCUUCAGCAGAUGGAGGUUGAUGAUGGGCUGAAGGCUGUUAGUCCGGCGGUUGAUGAAUUCAGGAGGGUUUCGAAGAGGCGGAGUUGGUUGGCAAGGUUUUAUUAG